CCCGCCUGGUUCGCCGCGGCCCGCCUGGCUCUCCGCGCAACUUUUCUGGUUAAGAUGGCGGCCCCUGUGGUGGCGCAGGCCUGGAAACUACUGAGAGACCUGGCGCUCCGGUCCCCGCUCCUGGCGGCCAGGUCCCAGGUGGUUCAGUUAACCCCCAGAAGAUGGUUGAACCUGCACGAAUACCAGAGCAAGAAACUAAUGUCUGACAACGGAGUGAAAGUUCAAAGAUUCUUUGUAGCAGACACUGACAAUGAAGCUCUGGAGGCUGCUAAGAGACUAAAUGUAAAAGAAAUUGUUUUAAAAGCCCAGAUCUUAGCUGGAGGAAGAGGAAAAGGUAUCUUCAGUAGCGGUUUGAAAGGAGGCGUUCAUUUAACAAAAGAUCCUAAAGUUGUGGGACAGCUGGCUAAACAGAUGAUUGGGUAUAAUCUAGCAACAAAACAAACUCCAAAAGAAGGUGUGAAAGUUAACAAGGUGAUGGUUGCUGAAGCCUUGGACAUUUCUAGGGAAACCUACUUGGCCAUUCUGAUGGACCAGUCCUGCAAUGGCCCUGUGCUGGUGGGCAGCCCUCAGGGGGGCGUUGACAUUGAAGAGGUGGCAGCUUCGAAUCCAGAACUUAUUUUUAAGGAGCAAAUUGACAUUAUUGAAGGGAUAAAGGACAGCCAAGCUCAGCGGAUGGCCGAAAAUCUAGGCUUCUUUGGGCCUUUGAAAAACCAGGCUGCAGAUCAAAUUAAGAAGCUGUAUAAUCUCUUCCUGAAAAUCGAUGCUACUCAGGUGGAAGUGAAUCCCUUUGGUGAAACUCCAGAAGGACAAGUUGUCUGUUUUGAUGCCAAGAUAAACUUUGAUGACAAUGCAGAAUUCCGACAAAAGGACAUAUUUGCUAUGGACGACAAAUCAGAGAAUGAACCCAUUGAAAAUGAAGCUGCCAAAUACGACCUAAAAUACAUAGGACUGGACGGGAACAUUGCCUGCUUUGUGAAUGGUGCUGGACUCGCCAUGGCUACCUGUGACAUCAUUUUCCUGAAUGGUGGGAAGCCAGCCAACUUCUUGGAUCUUGGUGGUGGUGUAAAGGAAUCUCAAGUAUAUCAAGCAUUCAAAUUACUCACAGCUGAUCCUAAGGUUGAAGCCAUCCUGGUCAAUAUUUUUGGCGGAAUCGUCAACUGUGCCAUCAUUGCCAAUGGGAUCACCAGAGCCUGCCGGGAGCUGGAACUGAAGGUGCCGCUGGUGGUCCGGCUUGAAGGAACCAAUGUCCAUGAGGCCCAGAACAUUCUCAGUAACAGCGGACUCCCCAUUACUUCGGCCGCCGACCUGGAGGAUGCAGCCAAGAAAGCUGUGGCCAGCGUGGCUGAGAAGUGAUGUCUUUGUCCUGAUCCCUUGGAAGAAGAAGUGCAUUUACCCAUAAAAAGUAAUGGUUUUCUCAUCACUGUGAAGAAAAUGGUUAUCCCACUGGGGAAAAAACGGAGAAGGAAGGAGCAAGAAUCACUGUAUAAAAAACUCCAAUCUGUAUUUUCUUGAAUAUCUAAACAGCCUAAAUAAUCUGAUUUCCCUUAUAGUCUUCAUUAAAUUAAUGCCCUGCAUUCUAAUACUUCCCUGUCAUGGUGAGCUAGCUCGGUAGGCAUUAUUUUGCCAGCUUUGGGGAGCAGUCUGUGUGGCCAACCAGUGUGCAUGUGAGAUCAGGCCCUGGUUUAUUUACAACAAUUUUGGUGAACAUUUCGACCUGUGUAAUUAAAAAAAACAAAACAAACAAAAAAAUCACAGGCUGUUAAAAAAAAAACAGACAAGAUUACAUUACCAAAAGGUGCAGCUAAGACAUUGAAACAGGUGUUAUAAACUGCAACAGUUUUUACAAUUUCCAACUCCAACAUGUUUAGAAAAUCCAUAAAUAUUACAAAAUAUAUUUUACAAUGAAAGAUCUGCAGUCAGUACCCCAUACAUGUAUCCUACCAUUUGCCUUAAUAUUGAAUAUGCUGUUUACCUCCCACUAAAAAUAAAGCCAGAAGCCUUAUUUGUGAUUUUGGAGUAGAAGUUUCCCUUUUAAUAUCAAAACUGAAGAAGGUUGAUUCUUAUGGAAAUCUCUGACGCUCAUUUCAAGAUGAGACAACACUGAAAAUUAAAUUACACUGUGAAUGUCUCUGUCUUCUCUCCCCACCCAUUUUCCCUCAGAAUCUACCACCUGGGAAAAUGUGAUUGGGAGAAUGUGGCUUUUUUGCAGUGUCCAUUUUUACGGUGGGAAUGUGAUUUAGGUUUUUGUCUAAAUUUUGGUAAAUUUUUAUCUGUACAGAAAUUCAAAUAAAAUCCUCUGUUUUGUAAACUCUAA